AUGUCAUCAUCACAAGAAUUAUACACAUCUCUUUCAAGGCGACCUCCGCAACAACCUCUAAAUGACAAAAUGAGACAUGGGUUUGACAUUGAUUACAAUUCUGAAAAAUUCUUAAAUUCAUUAGCAAACACUUUUUACAUAUAUUUCGAUGAUAAACGUCAAAACACAAAUGGGAACCCAUUGACAGAAGAAAUGAAGCAGUCCGCUGAAUACUUUAAGAACUAUCAACCUAUAUCCGAUUGGAAAGUCAUGAAAGAGCGACAAAAGACCAUCAAUGCAAUAUUAGUGCUAUGCUUAAAUUUGGGUGUAGCACCACCGGAUGUAAUAAAACCUUCACCAUGUGCUAGAUUUGAGUCAUGGUGUGAUCCGACAACUUUUAAUGAUACCAAGAAAGCAAUAGAAAAUAUUGGGAAAAACCUUCAGACACAAUACGAAAACAUUUCAUCGAAAACAAGGUACCGCCAGUCAUUAGACCCCUGUGUUGAGGACGUAAAGAGGUUUUGCAAUACUCAAAGAAGAAAUGCGAAAGAUGAAAGGAUCUUGUUUCACUAUAACGGUCAUGGUGUACCUAAACCAACCGCUAGUGGAGAAAUAUGGGUCUUUAAUAGAAAUUACACCCAAUACAUUCCUAUAUCAUUGUAUGACUUGCAGACAUGGCUAGGUGCCCCCGUGAUAUUUGUCUAUGACUGUAAUAGUGCUGGGAAUAUAGUUCACAAUUUCAAAAAGUUUGUUCAAAAGCGUAUAGAUGAUGAUAACGACGGGAACCACGAUCAAAGUGCACCUUCGCCCACUUCGGCCUAUCUUGAUUGCAUACAGUUGGCAGCUUGUAAAAGUAAUGAAUUGUUACCUAUGAGUCCUGAUCUACCAGCUGAUUUGUUUACAUGCUGUUUAACAAGUCCUAUAGAUGUAAGUAUAAGGUGGUUUAUUAUUCAAAGCUCUUUGAAAAAAGGGUACUAUGACGCAUUACCUAGAAACUCAAUAGGGAAUAUUAUUAUUCCUGGUAAUUUAAAUGAUAGGAGAACGCCAUUGGGGGAAUUGAAUUGGAUAUUUACCGCUAUUACAGAUACAAUUGCAUGGACCUCUUUGACUAGACCCAUCUUUAAGCGUUUAUUCAGACAAGAUUUGAUGGUUGCUGCAUUGUUCAGAAAUUUUUUAUUAGCUAAAAGAAUCAUGCCACAUUUGAACUGUAAUCCAAUAAGUGAUCCACCGUUGCCUGAUUCGGUUAGGUUUCAUCCAAUUUGGGAUUCGUGGGAUUUAGCCAUAGACCAAGUUCUUUCCAGAUUAUUGAAAAGUGCCAAAGAAGAAACAGUUUCAAUGCCACUUGCAGGUAACAUUCAAAAUGGCUCCACUAAAGGGGAUUCUGUGUCUUCUGCCCAACAACAACAAGCCAAUGGGUCUCAAUCGGCGGCAUUAUUUCCAAAUUUGGGAAAUGUUCAGUACACUACAUUCUUUGAGCAGCAAUUGACAGCAUUUGAGAUUUGGCUCAAAUUUGAAGGUCCAUCGUCGAAAACGCCGCCUGAACAAUUACCAAUUGUUUUGCAAGUAUUAUUAUCACAAGUGCAUAGGUUAAGAGCAUUAAUUCUAUUAUCUCAAUUUUUAGAUCUUGGCCCAUGGGCAGUCUAUUUAUCAUUGUCUAUUGGUAUCUUUCCAUACGUUUUGCGUUUAUUGCAGAGUCCUGCACAAGAAUUGAAGCCGGUGUUGAUUUUCAUUUGGGCCAGAAUAAUGGCAGUUGAUUACAAGGGUACUCAACAAGAGUUAUGCAAGGAUAAGGGAUACAAUUAUUUUUACUCGAUCCUAAAUUCGCCGCCAAUAAAUCAUGUGGGGGUGAAUGGUAAUGUAGCUACUACUAACACAGGUACUAUGUUGAUUAAUGAUGAUCAUAAAGCAAUGAGUGCAUUUAUUUUGACCUUGUUUAUCAAGGACUUUAAAAAUGGGCAAAGGUUGUGUUUUUCUUCAGAAAUUGUUACCAAUUGUCUAAAAUUUAUACAAACCAGUGAUAAUCCGUUACUUAGACAAUGGUGUAAUCUAUUAUUAUCGCAAUUGUGGAAUAGACAUCCUGAAGGUAAAUGGGUGAUUUAUAAAAACAAUUAUAUCACCAAAUUGUUGAAUUUGAUUGAUGAUCCGAUACCUGAGGUGAGGACGUCGAUUCUUGUUGCGUUGACCACUUAUCUUUCUGACCCUCCUCAUUUGGCUCCUCAGCAACCAACUAACCCUGUUGCUGUCAACACCAAUGAUUUAAGAAAAGAUGAAAUUAGACAACAAGAUUUGAAAUUAGCGAAUACAGUGCUUGGUCUUUUGGGUGAUGGCUCGCCUAUUGUUCGAAAAGAGUUGGUAUUUUUCAUUAAUAAAUUUGUUCAAACAUAUGCAAAAUUCUUUUUAGUUGUUGCAUUUAACCAGUUGCAAGAAGAAAUUGUAUUGAUUGAAAAUCCUAAUUAUUUGAAUGAUUUCAGGAAAAGGUCACCUGCGUAUGGGUCAAUAUUCAGUUCAGUCUGGAAAGCAUUAUUGAUAUUGUCAGAAGAUCCACACUGUGAGGUGAAGCAAUUGGCUGAAACCUUGAUAGAUUAUGUCAUGGUACAGUUGAACGAAAGUGAGUUAUCAGGCUUGGUAAAAGAGAUGCAAGAUUAUUUGUUAAGCAAAUCAACUAUCAACAUCAGUGAAAGUUUCAAGCCAACCAAACCGGUUGUUAAUAGGCAAUUGGGUGAAAAACGAUUAGUCUCAAGUGCCUCUAUUGGUAAUAGACGAAAUACUUUGUUAAUCGAUGGAUCGUCACUAACAACCCGAUCGGCUUCUGCUAACAAUAUCACUAGCAACAGUAACAAUAGAAACAUUAAAGGUAAUAUGGAUGAUUCAGAUGCUGAGUCCAUUACAUCAAAGAUUAAAAAUUUGUCCGUUUCAAAGCUUUUCAAAAGUUUCCACAUUACCGAAGAAAACGAUUUGAAUAGUUUCACAAGAAUCUUGAAUCCUGGUCCAGUUCAAUCAAAUUAUGGAAGUGAAUAUAUACCGAAAACUGCAUUUUUUAAGAAAAGGGAUUUGUCAAAGACUCCUGAAUUGCCAUUUGAAUCUGGGUUUUUCGAGUAUAGUUGUGAAUAUUUUCAGGAACCGCAAAUGUCGAAAAAUGAAAUUGAUGAACCAGGUUCUAAAGAGUAUGUAAAACGUUUAUGGCGAAGAAAUAGAAAUGAAUCUAUUAUUCAAGAAACUCAACCACAAAAGGAGAUGGCUUUGAGGGGAGAAUGGAAUAAAGAUAUUCAGAUCCUUAACAAUAUAACGCAACCAAAAUGUAUAAAGUUUACACAAUUUGAAAAAAUAUUAGUUGCAAGUGAUGAGAAAGAUAAUAUGACCGUUUGGGAUUGGGGAAAUGGUCAAAUUGUCAAAAAAUUUUCAAACGGUAAUCCUUUUGGGACAAAAAUUACUGACAUAAAGUUUCUAAAUGAAGAUGAUUCACCGUUAUUGUUGACUGGUUCUUCUGAUGGUGUGAUUAAGAUUUAUAAGAAUUUCCAUAAUUAUGAGAACAGUGAUUCUAAUGACAAAGACGAAGAUGGCUUCAAUGAAGAAAAACGAGUUGAGCUAGUUACUGGAUGGAGAGCGUUGACUGACUUAUUGUUGACUUCGAAAAGUACGGGUUUGGUAUCAGAAUGGCAGCAAUCAAGAGGUUCGUUACUAGUAAGUGGUGACGUUAAAAUAAUUAGAAUAUGGGAUGCUCCACGUGAGUUGUGUUUACUGGAUAUCCCAGCGCGAUCGUCGUCUUCGAUCACAUCAUUGACUUCUGAUCAAGUGGCGGGUGAUAUUUUCAUUGCUGGCUUUGAUGAUGGUAGUAUCCGAGUUUAUGAUACCAGACUAGAUUCUCGUGAAUCCAUGGUCAUGACAUGGAAACCAAGCAAACAACACCCUGGUUUACAACAAUCAAACUAUACAGGUUUGGGGUCUAUUAGAAAUGUCCACAUGCAGCGAGGUGGAUUUAGGGAGUUGAUAAGUGGUUCCUCGGACGGGAUUGUAAACAUAUGGGAUCUCAGAUUACAAGACCCCGUUUUGACCUAUGCCACUCAAAACAAAUCUAUGCGGACUAUGGAUGUCCAUGAACAUGCUCCAAUAUUGAUGACUGGUCUUAAAACUGUGGAUAUAUGGUCCACAGCAGGUGAAUGCUUGACAACAUUGAAUAAUCCAAAUGGAUCCUCUGGUAGAUCACUUAAUUAUUUGUCAAGUACUACAUUCCAUCCUCAUAGAAUGAUGCUUGCAACGAACUAUAACCAAAAUAGCCAUAUCAAUUUAUAUACUUGUAACGAUACAGUUGUUGAAUAUUGA